GACGUAAGAAACAGUUUUUUAUUGUUGGGUGGAAAAUGGCUGUUUCUGUGAAACGAUUGUUGACAAAAGGUGCAACAAAGAAAUUGUUGCGAAAAUUCGACGAAAAGAAUUCCGAUAAAUGGGAACAUUUAUGCGAGAAAAGUUUAAAAAGCUUUCGUUUCGACGAAAUUGAUAAUAUUUGUUGGAUGAACGAAUUGGACAAUUUUAGAAGAUAUUUAAAAGUAAUUAAUGUUUUUGGAAAAACAAAGGUGUUUUACGAUCACAAUAAUUUAAAUGUUGUCAAAUCCACUUUGGAUGUGUUUCUAAAUACUAUUUCGGUGAAUAAUUUAGAUAUGGAUAUUUAUACGAAUUUGGUACAUUUGAUACAAAUUUUGGUUUGUGGUGUUUGCAAUUCUACUUUGAAACACAAACACGUGAUUAACAAUGAACAUCUAAUAAAAACGUUGGAGUUUAUGAUUAAUCAAUGUAAUUUAGAAGAAAUUUAUUUAAUUCUACAAGAUUACCUUUUUUCUGAAAAAUCUUCAUUUGCAAACUGCAGAGAAAGCUUGAUGAAUAUAUUUAAAUAUUUCGUUGAAACAAAAAAAUAUGAAUUCGUAUUAAAAAUAUUUAACAAGUUAUGCGAACAAACUGUUAUUUCAAACGAUACCUGCCUCAUUAUUUUAAGGUCUAUGCUUAAUAUUGGACAAAUAAUGUUUAAUGAAAACCUCGACGAUGACAUAUUGUUAAGUUUUGUGAAAGGUUUAAACAAUAUAUAUUUUCAAGAAGCAAGCUUCAAUCACCUAUUGAAGUACCAACUAAAAGAAGAAUAUUUAAAUUUUGUUUCUAGUAUUACAAGCAAUAUUGAUCAAAUUUGUAUAUCGUUUUGUAAAUCUAAAUAUGGCCGCAAUGAAUAUGCAAAACAUUUAGUUAUAAUUCUUAAAAACCACGAGCAAAAUAAUAAAAUUUCUAUUAAAAGAUCCCAAAAUCUGUUGAAAGAAAUAUUGUUGUUUGAUAAAGAUAUACACAAAUGGACAGAACAGGGAAGUACAGUGUUUUUUUAUAUCUAUCAAAUAUUAUGCGAACAAAACAAAUUUAUUUGGGAUUCUGGUACUGUAAUAAAAAUAUUAAAACCAGUGGUGUUCAGGAAUUCGUUGGAUAUUCACAUACAUAAAUCCAUAUGCAACUUUUUCCCAUUUUUAUUGGGCGAUGGCACUAAAAAAGAUAUUGUUUUCGUUGGAAUAAUGCUGUUGGAAAACAUUUCUCUACGCCCAAUAGACGAUUUCAAAAAAUUGAUUAAUUUUGAUUCCAAACAAUUGACUUGGAUGCUGCAACAUGGAAAUGAUACGUUAAAGAAAAAUUGUCUGGUAAUCUGGAUAAAAGAUUGUAGUGAUAUUACCAUUGUGUGUGAAGCUAUAAUCGAAACCAAUAGUCAUCAGAUUUUAUUGGAAGUUCUUGUUCAGGAGAGUGAUGACGAAUUUUAUCAAAAAUGCUGUCAUGUUAUUAAAAAAACAGAAAGCGAUAAUUUGGACAAAGCGAUAGGGAAUAGAAUAAUAUCAACCAAAGGGUCUCCUGACUCUAAAACUUCUGUAUUAUCAAAGCUGUUACUUUGUCAACAAAAAACGACCAAUGAGGAUUCAUUGAAUUUGAGUAUUUGCGAAUACUUUUCAAAAAAUUUAUCGGAUAUAACCGAUUUAAGGGUUUUGGCAGCAGCUUUACUGUACUGCAGAAAAUCUCUGGGAAAAAUUAAUAAAUAUCCAGAUGGGGUUUUAUGUUUUGUACAAAAUCAAAAUAUAAUCGAAAAAAUCGUCAUGAAUUUAUACUGUAAUUGUGAUGAGAACUGUGCGGUGGAGAUUCUGAAAUUUUUAAAUUAUUUUUUUCGUUUAACGAAAGCACAUAAUUUAUCUUUAAACAAACCAAUCCAUAUAAAAUUGGAAGAUUGCCUUAACGGUUCAAUUCAAAAAAUAAACUUGACCAUACGUUUAAUAUACCUGAUGCUAAAUGGUGAAAAAAAUUUGCAAAUGGAAAAAACUCAAUAUCCACACCUUUUCGUGAAAACGCACAUAAUUUGCAAUAUGGAUAAAGUUUCAUUGAAGUCUUUCUACAUUUUGAUGGUACUGCUGAAAAGAAAUCAUCAACUUUCCCUGUUGCCAAGCACAAAAUGUUUUGUGGAAAUGUUUUGUCGCACCAAGGAACAAAAUCUUGCUUUCAGUCAGUUUUUGGUGCAGUAUUUUAAAGUAUUAGCCAAAUUGAGAGAGCCUUCAUUUCAUUCUUGCGUUCCACAGGAGUCAAUCAUCAAGAAUUACAUUUUGAGAUCUGAUAUGCCACCAAAAUUGAUUAACAAGAUCAUGGAAAACUUACAGUUUUUACAUGAAUAG